CCGCACGCACCCACCCAAUCAGAGCCCACCACCGUCCACCUCCUUCCUCCUCCACCGCCACCGCCACCGCCUCCCUCUCUCUCUCUCUAGAAUAUCUUAUGCUCUCGGCGAGCAUACUCGAGCUUACGACAGCCAUCGCUUCUCUUCUCUUCUCAGUCUUCUCGGCGUCGGUGAUCAGAGCUUCAGCUCAGCGAGGUUGAUGCAUAGGUGAAAUUGAUGACAGGUCUUCGGCGGGCUGGGUGAUUCAUGUCGAAUUUGGAUGGUUUAAAUGCGUGAUUCCGUGAAGCUUCUCUAGGUUGUCAGCGAUGAACUUCGAGUUCCUCAAUAACAUCCCGUGGUUUAGGGCCCAGCCAAACAACAAUGCUGGGUCGAACUUUGGUUCAACCACGCUUGUCAUUGAGCAGCCCGUUCGGAAGUCUCGGUUUGAUAUCAGACUGUGGGGAUGGUCCGUCCUGUCUGUUGUUCCGUGGGCUGUUCGAGGCAGAGAGAGGAUACGUGCACCGACCACUAUAAAUCGGCGGUUGAAGAGGAAAGCUGAUUCUCGUGGGGCUGUUCAGAGAAGCACCAGUACCACCCCCCUGCGGUUCAGGCCGUAUGUUUCUAAGGUUCCGUGGCACACUGGAGUGAGAGGUUUCCUCUCUCAGCUGUUCCCGCGGUAUGGCCAUUACUGUGGCCCCAAUUGGUCGAGUGGGAAGAACGGUGGGUCUCCUAUUUGGGACCAGAGGCCAAUAGAUUGGUUGGAUUAUUGCUGCUACUGCCAUGAUAUUGGGUAUGACACUCACGACCAGGCGAAGCUUUUAGAAGCGGAUUUAGCAUUUCUGGAGUGCUUAGAGAGGCCGAAUUUUGCAACAAAGGGAGAUGCCCAUGUCGCCCAUAUUUACAAGACAAUGUGUAUUACAGGUCUCAGGAAUCUUUUGAUACCUUAUCGGAUGCAGCUGCUGAAAUUAAGCUCCAGGCAAUGGCCUCUGAUCGAUUUUGGGUGGCUUAGCAAUGUGAGAUGGAAGGGCUGGAGUGCUCAGAAAACGUGAUGAGAGCAGAGAUUUGGCUUUAAUUGAAACUCCUCUAAUACGAACUGACCAAAUACGGUUCACCGCUGCUUUGGAAAGGAUCAUUGUCCUCUGAUUUCCAAUGCUCUUUCUGGCUUAUAUCCAGGCCGAACCUCCUGGAGAGUCGGAGUCCGUACUCAUGCUCGAAAUGCUGUAAUUUGUUUUGAGCUUAUCUGGUUGCCUCGAAAAAUGCAUAUAUAUUGUAAAUAACUCCUGUUAAAUAGGCUGUAUCAACAACUGUAUUUUCUAAUCAUAUAUGGUUAAUGUUAGCUAGUGAGUCAUAAUAUGCUUUAUCUCGAAA